CGUUAAUAUUAUCGUUUUACACUAUAAGUGGUUCGAAGCAAGCCAAAAAUUGAAUAUCUCAACGCUGCUAGAUUCCGACCAACAAUGUCUGACAUCCCACCAGGCUUGGAGUUGCAGGUAGAUCUUAUUUUCUACCUGAAGGGUGAACUUAAAAAGGAGGAACUCGAGAGUUUCAAGGAUGAAAUUGGAUUUUUCAAAGCCAUCCAACCCUACUACUUAGAGAAAUGCAAGACCUUUGAAAAGGUUUGGCAAGAGCUCGAACAGAGACAACAUAUUAAACUUGGUGACUAUGAAUUUAUCAUCAAGUGUCUGCAAAGGAUGGGAAAAGUAAUGCAAAUUGAAGCAGUUGCAGUAUAUGAGGACAAAAUAAACAUAAUAUUAGGCAAGCAACCAAGAAGAAAUUUAGGAGAAUCUGUUCAACCAGACGAUGAAGAUUCCAUCCCCAAGUUUGGCACUCAAGCAUCGAUCCCGUAUAUUGGCUAUCCAAGACAGGGCGAGAGCGAGUCCACACAGUCUAGGAGUCUUGAACUGACACCGGUUCCCCCUUCUCAAGAAUCAUAUAUGAGAUGUCAUUCAAAUCCAGCCGCUGAGACCAGCACAUACCAAUCACAGCUGCAUUAUCCAUUAUCCAACUGUGAUCGAUCAUCUACGGAACUAGAGAGCGGUAAUUUUAAACAGGCACAAACCAGCCCUGCCCGGGCAACUGGUGGUGAUUCGUCGUCUAUGAAACUACAGACUGGUAAUUUUGAACAGGCACAGGCCAGUCAUGCCAAACCUACUGGUGGCGAUUCAAUGUCGAUGAAACUACAGAGCAGUCAAUUUGAAGAGGCACAGAUGAGCCCGAACCAGCCUACCGGUGGUAAUUCAAUGUUUACAAAACUACCGAACAUGCAUUUUGAACAGGCACAGGCCAGUCAUGCCCAACCUACUGGUGGUGAUUCGUCGUCGAUGAAACUACAGACUGGUAAUUUUGAACAGGCACAAACCAGUCAUGCCCAGCCUGCUGGUGGCAAUUCGUCGUCUAUGAAACUACAGACUGGUAAUUUUGAACAGGCACAGACCAGUCAUGCCCAGCCUGCUGGUGGCAAUUCGUCGUCUAUGAAACUACAGACCGGUAAUUUUGAACAGGCACAGGCCAGUCAUGCCAAACCUGCUGGUGGCAAUUCGUCGUCUGUGAAACUACAGACUGGUAAUUUUGAACAAGCACAGGCCAGUCAUGCCAAACCUGCUGGAGGCAAUUCGUCGUCUAUGAAACUACAGAGCAGUCAUUUUGAACAGGCACACGGCAGUAAUGCCCAACCUACUGGUGGUGAUUCGUCGUCUAUGAAACUACGGACUGGUAAUUUUGAACAGGCACAGACCAGUCCAGCACAGCCUGCUGGUGGCGAUUCGUCGUCUAUGAAACUACAGAGCAGUAACUUUGAACAGGCACAGGCCAGUCCUGUCCAACCUACUGGUGGCGAUUCGUCGUAUAUGAAACUACAGACUGGUUAUUUUGAACAGGCACAGACCAGUCCUGUCCAACCUACUGGUGGUGAUUCGUCGUCUAUGAAACUACAGACUGGUAAUUUUGAACAGGCACAGACCAGUCCUGUCCAACCUACUGGUGGUGAUUCGUCGUCUAUGAAACUACAGACUGGUAAUUUUGAACAGGCACAGACCAGUCCCGCCCAGCCUGCUGGUGGUGAUUCGUCGUCUAUGAAACUACAAACCAGUAAUUUUGAACAGGCACAGACCAGUCCUGUCCAACCUACUGGUGGCGAUUCGUCGUCUAUGAAACUACAGACCAGUAAUUUUGAACAGGCACAGACCAGUCCUGUCCAACCUACUGGUGGUGAUUCGUCGUCUAUGAAACUACAAACUGGUAAUUUUGAACAGGCACAGACCAGUCCAGCACAGCCUGCUGGUGGCGAUUCGUCGUCUAUGAAACUACAGAAUGGUUAUUUUGAACAGGCACAGACCAGUCCUGUCCAACCUACUGGUGGCGAUUCGUCGUCUAUGAAACUACAAACUGGUAAUUUUGAACAGGUACAGACCAGUCCCGCCCAGCCUGCUGGUGGUGAUUCGUCGUCUAUGAAACUACAGACCAGUAAUUUUGGGCAGGCACAGACCAGUCCCGCCCAGCCUGCUGGUGGUGAUUCGUCGUCUAUGAAACUACAGACCAGUAAUUUUGAGCAGGCACCUGCCUAUUCAACCCAACAGUCUGAAGGUGAUUCGUCGUCUAUGGAACUACCGAUUUUUCUUGAUGAACAGGCAGAGACCGAACUUUCCCAACAACCAAGUGGUGAGCCAUCUUCCGCAAAGCUACCGAGUUGUCUUGAUGAACAUGCAGAAACUGAAGGUGAUUCGUCGUCCAUCAAACUACCGAUAGUUCUUGAUGCACAGUCAGAGGCCGAACCUUCCCAGUCAACAGAUAGUGGUGAGCUAUCGUCUGUCGAACGGCAAAAUGGCCAUGAUCAGAGAGGCCAGUCACAAACCAGCUCUUCCCAACCUAUUGAAGGUGGCCGUGGUUCUCCGUCCAUGGAAUGGCAAAGGGAAAACAGUGGCCUGACAGAUACCACUUAUACCAGCUCUUCUCGAGAAUCGGGUGGCGAUGCAUCCUCUGUGAAACUUGAGAGCAGUGCUAACCAACUACUGGGGACGAAGAAGAUGGAACUUGAGGAACUCCCAUGUUAUACGAUCACAUCAAACCCCCGAGGACUGUGUGUCAUCAUUAAUAACAUGGAAUUCCACCCAGGUGAAGAUGGGACAAAGUUGGAGAAUCGACUAGGGAGUGAUCGUGACGAAGCCAGGCUCUGCAAGACAUUUACGAAGCUGAAGUUCAAGAUUCAAAAGCACAGGGACCUUCCAGGUGACGACAUUAUAGACGUUGUAAAAGAGGUUGCUAGUGUUAACCACUCGGAGUACCACUGUUUAGCCUUUUGUAUCUUGUCGCACGGCUCAGAAGGAUGCAUUUAUGGUACAGAUGGUCAAGCAAUUGAGAUCCGCGAUAUUACCUACCAUUUCAAAGGUAUUAACUGUAAGACUCUACGAGCAAAACCGAAGCUGUUCUUCAUCCAAGCUUGCCAAGGAACUACAGAACAGAUGGGUUUCCGGCACGAUAGUAAAAACAUGAAGACGUUGAUUCUACCAAAUGAAACUGAUUUCCUGAUUGGGUACUCAACACUGCCAGGGUUCAAGUCAUACCGAAGUGAAACCCAUGGAUCAUGGUACAUCACUAUGUUGACGGAUAUGCUAGAUAAGUACUGUGAUAGGGAUGACCUUAUGAGCAUCAUGAUCAAAGUUAAUGAGGAAGUUGCCGAAGGAAACGCGAAAAUUCCGAGGAGUGUAAAUGUCGGGAAGCAGAAUCCGUUGCCAUAUGCAACACUGCGCAAGAAGGUUUUCCUGAAAAGUUACUAAAGAAUGGCCUUGCCAUCAAAUUGAAAGCCCCUUGACUGAUGACGUCAGGGCUGAGAAAAGCGAGAUGCAAAAAUGGAAGGAAAAUUUGAUGUCUGAAAAUAUAAGUGACUGAUUAAAAGGUAUUUUAGAAUUGAAAUUGACCCGUCCGUCGGGUCUAAUGUUGAAAUACCAAACCCUUGAGGGUGGAGCCGAAGAGUUGAAGAGCCUGAGGCGAGGGUUUAUGACGUAAUGCUUGUGAGAAAAAUUCAGCAUCAGCUCGCCGUUUUGUGGGUUGAAUUGCCUUGGGAAUUGUCUCAUCUUGGGUCGCAUCUACGCAUGCUGAUGAAAAACGGGUCGCCAUCUUAAAAUGCGUGGAGUAUUUUAAGAUGGCGCCACGUCCAUCUCUUAUUGACAACCAGCUUUAAUGAAGCAUACAGAUUAUACUGUACAUAAAUCCAUACACAACUACAAGUGAAAUAAUUGGGUUUAGGGUUUAAAGGAUAAUCCCUUUUGAUAACUUCUCUUGUACUUUCAUUAUGUAUAAAGCCUUAAAAUCUCUGUUUUCAUCCAAGCGGAUUUAUGAAUUAAUCUUCGAUCAAAAUUUUGGGGUAAAAGUAAUAAGAAUAAAGGCUACUAUUUUGCUCACACAACUUAUGCCAGAUCUAUGAAGAUUACCCAUGCCACUCGAGAAUAUUUCAAACUCUGGCUAUGUGUGAAAUGGUGUACGUUUGACCAAUAAAUGCCCUUGAAAUCUUAUUAGCUUAUUCAAUUCUUCUGUGUGUUCACUUUUAAUAAAAAAACAUUACAAUGCAAUAUUCAAAGUUAUGGACGUACACAAAGUGUGUUUUUCUGGACAAACAUUCUCCUUAGUAAAUAAAGUUGUUCAUCGUCCAUUUUAGUCCCAUUUUAACGGUGUUACACACACAAAAAAUUAUGACGAAUGCUUCGUGGAACCGGAGUUUUUCAAUGAAUUUAUUGAAAGACAUUACCAGACUAACCGAUAACAAAAUAACCACCACAGAAGUAAUGACGUCACGUCCAUCUUUAACAACAUCCGGGUAUUGAAAAAUAACAAUAGAAUUUAUUACUUAUGGCAUUGUCAUUAUCAGGAUCAGAAAAACGCCCGGACAUGUUCACGAAAAGAAAAAUAAUUACUCUGCGACAAAGUUUGGUAAUUUUUGCCGCAGACAUUAUAAUUUGAACUUUUCAACUGCCAAGUUAAGCCAAUACACUUUUGUCAGUUGAUAGAAAGGAAGAUGUUUUAAAGUUCAGUUUGGCUAAUUUUGGGUAAGGAGUUGUUUGAGAGUACUUCAUCUUCUGUCACGAUUAGACUUCUGUCUAACGAAGGCUAACAUGGCGCAAUCGCUCCAUUUGACGUUGUUUGGUAUUGACGGACUAAUGACUGAGAAACAUGGUUGAGAAACCAAGCGAAAAAUUGGUGCCUUUUGAGUGGAAUCAAUGGCAAGGGUUCGUCACCUGGCUGCAAGUGUCAUCGUGUUUGUUGGACAACACGCAAGUAUCAUUCAUGGUUCAGUAGGUUGCGGUUAGGUGUAUUUUAUCGUGACUCUCAUGGUUUUAUACUCCAUUAUAAUGACGGAGCAGUAUAUAUUGAAGAGAGAUGUAAAAACCUUGGUGACCAAGGACUCUUCAGGCGAUCAGGCGAUCUCAGAUCGGUGAAACGAGAGUACUUUGAUACAAGUAUAUACAAGUUCUAGGUAAUCGCCGUUGUCACAUGGCAAACUUUACUUAAAACUACUUAUAAAUUGCCUGUCACCUCGGAAUCCAAUGCAGAAUCAUACCUAUAGGUCAGUUGUUUAAACACCAUUUUAUAAAACCUUUAGUGAGGAAACGCGUUUAAUAAUGAUCAAAAGUGAACCAGGAAGCGAGUUAUAGUGGUGUAAAGUGCAAGAAGAAAGGCCCUGAAGCCAGUAAAUCUUCAUAUUUCCCCACCGGUCAAGACCACUCAAUUGACAUCUUUGACCAAAAGUGGUUACUUCUUUGGUUUCAAUGCUUCAUGACCUUACCCAUCGGGUGCAAAUGCAACUACACGCACAAAACAGAUAUAGUUACCUUUUCUUUUCAAAUAUAUUCAUGAGAAGUUUGUCGACAAUUGUUUGCUUUAUUACACUCGUCCAUUCAUCACAGUCUCGGCCCAUUCAUCCGUCUUAUCAAUUUCUCCGUUAAGCUUCUUGCUCUUCCUUCCAUUAAGGGAACAUUACAACGCUUUUAGCGCUCGGUUAAUUUUUCCAGUCUUGUAUGCGCGCUAUUGAUUCGUGUUUACUGCAGUUCUAUUAAUUUCACUCGAUAUUAACCGUAUUAAGUUGCAUCGACCUGUAGAACGUCAUCUCAACGCCAAAGCUUUCACGCUGUCGGGCUUCCGUGGAAUUUUCUGGUCAGCAAAGAUGUGCGAUUUCCCUUAUUGGUUUCGUUAUACGUAAUUGCCAUUACACUCAGUGAAAGAGAUCCGUAUGUAUUCUAUGUUUGACAAUCGCAAGUAAUCAUUUGAGCAAAAACGACUUUCAAAAGCAAUUUCGAAAACAGUUGUACGCUCGUCUACCCUACCAUCAUCAUCAUCAUCGUAUAUAGCUACGUUCUUAAGAAAUCAACGGUUUUUGAGCUUUCGAAAAAAAAUUUUCGGCCAACAGAAUUAAGAUGCAAAGAUUUUUCAGAAUCUCUAGUACCAUUAGGGUUUUUUCAUUUUACCGAAAACCGCUACGAGGCCGAAAAACCUUUUUCAAAAGCUCUAACAUAUACCUAUAUUUAUGAGUGCAAUACCAAUUGACAUGUACAUGUAUAUUUAACAUUAUAACUAAAACACGACAAUAAAGUCUCUAU